GCGGCGGGCAGACGGGGCGCGGGGACACGGCCGGGCGCCCCUGCCCGCCGCGGUGCCCGCCGCCUGAAGGCUGCCCAGGAGGGCGCGCGAAGCCCCGGGCGGGCGCCUGCUGGGCGCGGGGUGGCGCGAUGUCGGUGCCGCUGCUCAAGAUCGGGGUAGUGCUGAGCACCAUGGCCAUGAUCACCAACUGGAUGUCCCAGACGCUGCCCUCCCUGGUGGGCCUCAACACCACCAAGCUGUCGGCGGCCAGCGGCGGGACGCUGGACCGCAGCACCGGCGUGCUGCCCACCAACCCCGAGGAGAGCUGGCAGGUGUACAGCUCGGCCCAGGACAGCGAGGGCCGCUGCAUCUGUACUGUGGUGGCACCUCAGCAGACCAUGUGCUCCCGGGACGCUCGCACCAAGCAGCUCCGGCAGCUCCUGGAGAAGGUGCAAAACAUGUCACAGUCCAUUGAGGUGCUGGAUAGGCGGACCCAGAGGGACCUUCAGUAUGUGGAGAAGAUGGAGAACCAGAUGAAGGGCCUGGAAUCCAAGUUCAAGCAGGUGGAAGAGAGCCACAAACAGCACCUGGCCAGGCAGUUCAAGGCGAUAAAAGCGAAAAUGGAUGAACUUAGGCCUUUGAUUCCUGUGUUGGAAGAAUACAAGGCCGAUGCCAAAUUGGUAUUGCAGUUUAAAGAGGAGGCCCAGAAUCUGACGACUGUGCUUAACGAGCUGCAAGAGGAGAUUGGCGCCUAUGACUACGAUGAACUGCAGAGCAGAGUGGCCAAUCUUGAAGAGAGGCUCCGUGCGUGCAUGCAAAAACUAGCCUGUGGCAAGCUGACAGGCAUAAGCGACCCUGUGACCAUCAAGACGUCAGGAUCGAGGUUCGGGUCCUGGAUGACGGACCCUCUGGCUCCAGAAGGCGAUAAUAGGGUGUGGUACAUGGACGGCUACCACAACAACCGCUUCGUGCGCGAAUACAAGUCCAUGGCGGACUUCAUGGCCACGGACAACUUCACGUCCCACCGGCUGCCACACCCCUGGUCGGGCACGGGCCAGGUGGUCUACAACGGCUCCAUCUACUUCAACAAGUUCCAGAGCCACAUCGUCAUCCGCUUCGACCUCAAGACUGAGAGCAUCCUGAAGACGCGCAGCCUGGACUACGCCGGCUACAACAACAUGUACCACUACGCGUGGGGAGGCCACUCAGACAUCGACCUCAUGGUGGACGAGAGCGGGCUGUGGGCCGUGUACGCCACCAACCAGAACGCCGGCAACAUUGUCAUCAGCAAGUUGGACCCCGUGUCCCUGCAGGUACUGCAGACCUGGAAUACCAGCUACCCUAAGCGCAGUGCAGGCGAGGCCUUCAUCAUCUGCGGGACCCUCUACGUCACCAACGGCUACUCGGGCGGCACCAAGGUGCACUACGCUUACCAGACCAACGCGUCCACCUACGAGUACAUCGACAUCCCCUUCCAGAACAAGUACUCACACAUCUCCAUGCUGGACUAUAACCCCAAGGACCGGGCCCUGUAUGCCUGGAACAACGGCCACCAGAUCCUCUACAACGUCACCCUCUUCCAUGUCAUUCGCUCCGAUGAGUUGUAGCGGCCCCUGCUACCAAGUGGGGAUGUGGAAGUGGAGUGUGGGGAGGUGGGGUGGAAGGGGCACCCCUCCGCCCGCCCGAGGACCAUCCUGCUACCCCAGGCACCAGGCAGCAGUGUGGACCCCACAUGGGUCUCCCGCCUUGCCCUUCCCCCUUCCCACCCCCGGGUCUCUGGUCAAGACUGGAGGUGAUCGUUAGGGAAUGAAACCCCAUUUUUUUUGCAGCUGGAACUGCAGUCCAGGGCUCCUGCCCCAUCCCCGGUGCGCCCCCUCCCAGCCCCUUUCUGAUAAAAUAUCGUCCUAAGAAGCAAGGCACUGACUGUUGAUUCCUCCCCACCAACUCCCCCCAAAAUUAAAAAAAAUCAACCCUGCUGUUAGCAUCGCAUGGAGACCCCUUGAUUCCGGCCUGCGCCGCCGGAGGUGACUGUGGUGUGCAGUGGGGCCCCUGGGCCGCCUAGAUAGUGUCCCUCGAACCCCAGUACGUGUUGUGUCUUAGAUGAACUGUGCUGAGUCCCCCACGAUCCCCUUCUCCCAAACCCACCCCAGUAGUCCACGGAGCUGCGUCCAGCGCCGCCCCAGCAGUGGGCAGAGUGUGGCAUGGACGGUGUCUGGCGCCCCGUGGUUUGAGCUCCUGUUCCCCUCUAGAUAGAUCGUGCAGUGUCUGUCUGUUGUCCCCAGGUGGUGACCCCCGUACAGUGAGUGCCACAUGCGUGGUGAAAGUAGGUGCCCUAGUUCUGGUUCGUCAGUUCCGGGUCUUUGUCUCACAAAUAAAGGAAAAAAAAAAAAAAAAAAAAAAAAGAAGGGAUAGACCCAUGUUGAGCCCCUUAGAGUGAACCCCAGCCCCCUCAUAGGAUCCCGGGAAUGAUUCUCUUCUUGUUCAACUUUUCAAAACGCAUCUGGCAAACAGGAAGGGCUUAUCUGGGAAAUGGAACGUUCCUGAAGCAACUGCCUGUACAGAGGACUUGUUUGUUGGUUUUUUGCUGUUUUUUUUGUUUUGUUUUGUUGUUUUAUUGUUGUUGGUUUUUUUUUUUUUUAAGUACAAAAGAAGGAAUCUGUACUUUCCAGUUACCUAAGGAACAAUAAAAAUACCAGGAGA